AGGAACGAAAAGAAUGAAGCUGGGCAAGCAGAAGGAGAGGAGCACAAGGGCUCGAAUGGAAACAUUUCGAAGAUGGAUGCUCCCUCCCGAUCAGGUGACGAGGAGGCGGUCAAGGACGGCGGAGGUGCAGGGAGCAAGAGGAGCAUCCAGUCCUCCGGGCCCGCGGGGCAUGCAGAGGACGACAUCAUCCUGGAGAAGCAGGAGCUCUCCCUCCUUUGUCCGCUCUCACUCGUCCGAAUGCGAGUGCCUGUCCGGGGUGACUGCUGUGAGCACAUUCAGUGCUUCGACCAGGACGCCUGGCACUCCUUCGUCUCCAAGCAGAACUCCAACAGACCCCCCCACUGUCCAAUCUGCAAGAAACCCGUCACAACGACAUCUGAGGAUCCUCGCUUCGCCCGACUGCUCGAGCUUGUGCCCAAGGAGACGAGCAAAGUUUGGGUGGACGAGGAGUGGCAGCCGGUGAUUGAAGAGGACGAUCAAGUAUCUAAGAAGGCGAGAUAUGAAGAUUUGCAGAACGAUUCAGAUUCAGAUGUCAUCGUGCUAGAUUGAAGGGGAGCUCGGUCAUUAUCAAAAGCUGAUAUACCAUGAUAGGACAGGG